AUGGCGGCUCAAAAUUGGUUGCGGGCGGCGAUUGUGUCGAGUGUCUGCCUCGGCCUCGCUUCUGCCGACGACUGUUCCGGAACCACUACUAUCAGCAGCAAUGCCGACGCAACAUCCUUGGCCGAGGCUUGCAAGACAUACUCGGGAAUCGUUGCUGUCGCUACGGGAGCCUCGGGCGACCUCAGUCUGGAAGUCGAACGCAGCUCGUAUGCGAUCGGCAACACGGGCAUCUCGUCACUCGACGGCGGCGCGUCGGACGCAGUGCUGGAAGACAUCAACGUGUACUCGAACAAGGACCUCGAAGACAUCACCAUCGACUGCACCCACGCCGACAACAUCACCAUCGGUGCGAACAGCGACAAAGCCGACAUCUCGUUCCCCAACCUCAAGGAAGCCGUCGACAUCGAGAUCGCCAACGCGUCGGCCAUCGACCUCUCCGCUCUCGAGUCCCUUCCGCGCGGCGCGCUCCACAUCUACGGCGGCAGCCUGGAGAAGCUGGACCUGGCAGCCUUCACUGAAGUCAGCGACGGCCUCAUCCUGGAAGACCUGCCCAAGCUCACCCAGCUCUCGGCGCCCGAGUUCACCCGCAUCAUGGACCGCGGCGCGCUGACCAUCAGCAACACGGGCCUGACGGAGCUGUCGCUUCCGAAGCUGCAGUUGAUCUACAGCUCGCUGUGGCUGGAGGGAGACUUUGAGAGCGUGGACCUGCCGCUGCUGACGUCGGUGGGAGGCGACAUCUACAUGAAGGGUGCCAAGAGCUUUGACUGCGAUGCCUUCAGCGAGCAGUUCUCCAAGCUGGCCACGGGGGAGCAGACGUUCAAGUGCGUUGCCGGCGACGAUUCGGAUGAGUCGGAUUCCGAGGCCUCGAAGCCUACUGCGUCAUCCUCUUUCAACUCGGCAUCGUCGACGAAGACUGCCGCAAGCAGCAAGUCUGCGGCCGCCACGUCGGGUGCUGCCUCGUCGGGCGCUGCUUCGUCGGGCGCCGCCUCGUCGGCUGCCGCCUCGUCGGCUGCCGCCACUCCUACCAACGCAUCCUCUGCUGCUUCAUCGUUUGGCGUGGGCAUGGCAACGCUCGGAGGUGUUGUCGGCCUUGUUUCUUUCUUUUUGUAG